AUUUCUCACUGUUUUAUUAACUUUUGCAUUUUUAUUGGUGACCGUAAAUGGACACGGGAGACUUUUGGAUCCGCCGUCACGAUCAAGUAUGUGGAGAUUCGGAUUAAGUCCAAUUAAAAAUUAUAACGACAACCAACUGUCGUGUGGAGGAUUUGCCAAUCAGUACCUUUACCAACACGGAAAAUGUGGGGUAUGUGGCGACCCCUAUCAGGGACCACGCGAAAACGAGGCUGGCGGUAAAUAUGCGCGGGGAUUUCUCUCGCGGCGUUACGUGGAGGGACAGAUGAUAGACAUAGUUGUGGAGGUCACCGCUCUCCAUUACGGCUGGUUCGAGUUCAGGAUUUGUCCGAACAACGAUAUCAAUCGGGCGGUCACCCAGGAGUGUUUAGAUAAGCAUCUGCUUGUGUUGUCAACAGGGUCAACCAGGUAUACAGAAGUCACUUCUACUGGGAAAUACCUGCUCCAUGCACAACUUCCGGCCGGUAUGACCUGCUCCCAAUGUGUUGUCCAGUGGAAAUGGCAUACAGGAAACAAUUUCGGAUUAGCGCCAGACGGACAUAGAUGCAUGGGGUGCGGGCCGCAGGAGGAGUUCUACGGAUGCUCCGACGUCACAAUUACUCCCAAAACUACACCUGUGUUUUAUCCUAAAUCUACGUCACCCCCUGACACUCCUUCACCUAUCUACGUCACGCGUACAACGGAAAUCUUUACUCGACCACCCCCACAGACAUCAACUCCUCCUAAAAGUUCUGGAGGAUUCCCAGUUAAUAUAUUUCCAGGAGUCCCCCUCGUCAAUCCGACCACGACAAGAAAUCCUCUUAAGCCAGGAGCCCGUUGUUAUGCAAUUAAUUUGUGGGCGGGCGAUCCGGUUUUGAAUGAGUGGUGUGCCACAAACUGUGCCAAUGGAAAUUGUCCGUCUUCUGCAUGUGCAUGUUCUUAAUUUCAGUCGAAGACUUCACUUCAGAAGUCCUAUGACUGCUUAC